CGCGUUAAUUUUUCCUUUCUGCAGUGCCAAAAUGCCAAACAUCCCGAGUCUCCAUCUGCUUUAGUUUUGUUUUAGUGAACCAGCAGAAAAGCCCAUCCCAAACCAGCUGUUUAAAGACUUACACACAGGACUCUCAUCACAUUUCCAGCCCUCUAUGCUGCCCCAUGUUCGGCGAUGGGAGGGACUAAACCAGGGCAUCACCUCAAGCACAGGGUGACAUUUUCACACGGGUUGGAAAACGAUGCAAUAAUGGUGUGAACGCAGUGUGGACGUGGACUGGGCCGUAAUUAAACACGAGGUAGCUUGAUCUUUCUGCAAUCGCGCCAUGGCCAGUCCAGACGAUGAUAUCGAGCCUGCAGCUGUGAGCUCAGCUGCACCGUGCCUCAACAAGAGGCGCUUCUCGCGCGACCGCUGUGACCUGAAACUAGAUGAACUAGACAGCCUCCUAAAAAACACCGAGGGCCGACCUUUUACAAUAAUUCAUCGUCUGACUGAAAUUAAAGAAAUGGAUCUACCUUACUUAUUGCGUGAUUCUCCUAUUACAUGCACUGUGAACAACACAGAGAAACACACUAGUCGAUCAAAGGUGCGUGUACGAAACCUGUACACGGUGAAGUUAACUCACGGACCCUUUCACUGGGUAGUAAAGCGGAAGUACAAGCACUUUCAGGAGCUUCACAGAGACCUUUACAAACACAAGAUGAUGCUUAACUUUAUGCCCACUAGAAGACACGAGAAGGAAAGGCAGCAGCUGAGGAUGAUGUCAGAGGAAAUGCCCAGCCUACAGGGGACAGAACGCGCCAGAGGAGCAUCAAGCAAAACGAAAUAUCUAGAAGAGUACCUGAACGAUCUGCUGGAGAACGGAUUCUGUCGAAAUGACCGCAGCAUGCUUGAAUUCCUCUCUGUCAGUGCCCUCUCUUUUGUCACUGAACUGGGGCCAAAAGGCCUGGAGGGACCGAUCAUUAAGAGGUCGGGUGGCCAUCGUGUUCUGGGUCUGAACUGCAUCGGCCACCAUCGGGUGUGUUUUCGCUGGUCACACCGUUGGCUGGUGGUCAAAGACUCCUUCCUUUUGUAUAUGAGCCGGGACAACAAUGAAAUCAACUUUGUGCUGCUUUUUGACCCUGAGUUUGAGGUGAAAGUGGGUCGUGCCGAGACUGGAACAGAAUAUGGAGUGUGCAUUAAGAACUUCACACGGGAUUUGAUCAUUAAGUGCAGAAGCUACAGACAAAGCCAGUGGUGGACUCAUGAAAUCAACCAGCUGGCUCACUCUUGUGACUUUCUGAAAGUCCACCGUUUCCAAGGCUUUGCUCCACCGCGAGAAAACACUCUUACUAAAUGGUAUGUGAAUGGGAAAGAUUACUUUGCAGACCUGGCUGAUGCCCUUGAACAAGCAAAGCAGGAGAUUUUCAUCACAGAUUGGUGGCUGAGCCCGGAAAUUUUCCUCAAGAGACCUGCCACCGAUAACUACUGGAGACUGGAUGAGAUACUAAAGCGGAAAGCAAGAGAAGGAGUCAAGGUUUGUGUCCUGCUUUACAAGGAGGUGGAGAUGGCGCUUGCUAUCAAUAGCGACUACAGCAAACGGACUCUGAUGAACAUGGAUCCAAACAUCAAGGUGAUGCGACAUCCAGACCACGUUUCAUCUGCGGUGGUCUUGUGGGCUCACCACGAGAAGAUGGUUGCCAUUGACCAGACGGUGGCGUUUGUUGGGGGACUUGAUCUGGCGUUUGGGAGAUGGGAUGACAGAGAGUAUCGACUGGCCGACCUGGGUCAGGCAGAUAUGUUAAACGGGGGAACGGGGGAACAUCCAAACAAAGAUGCAACUGACAAUGGUGUGGCUGAUGGCCAGAACGCACAUAACCAAACAAAACAGGAUCCAACUAAUCUGGCUGGUAACACUAAACUGUGGCUUGGCAAGGACUACAGCAACUUCAUCAAGAAAGACUGGACCCUCCUGGACAGGCCAUUUGAAGACAACAUUGACCGCACUACAGUUCCUCGCAUGCCUUGGCGUGACCUGGCUACAGCUAUGCAUGGCAAAGCUGCCAGGGACGUUGCCAGACACUUCAUCCAGCGCUGGAACUUCACGAAGAUCUUCAAAGUCAAGUACAAGGAUAACUUCUACCCUUACCUUCUCCCCAAGUCUCACACUGAGGCAGACUCGUUGCCAUUUAUUGUUCCUGGAUCCCAGAAAGCCAAAGUUCAGGUGCUGCGCUCUUCUGAACGUUGGUCAACCGGAAGCUGUGAGAACUCGAUCCUUCAGGCUUACAUACACACCAUUGAGAACAGCGAGCACUACAUUUACAUUGAGAACCAGUUCUUCAUCAGCUGUGCGGAGGACAAGGUCAUCCACAAUACGAUCGGGGAUGCAAUCGUAGACCGAAUCCUGCGAGCACACAGAGAGCAGAAGAAGUACAGGGUGUUUGUGGUGAUUCCUUUGCUUCCUGGCUUCGAGGGAGACAUUACCACUGGAGGUGGAAAUGCAAUUCAAGCCAUUAUGCACUUCACUUAUAGGACUAUGUGCCGUGGAGAUCACUCGAUUCUGUCAAGGCUCAGUGAGGUGAAGGACCAGUGGACUGAGUACAUCACGUUUUGUGGCCUCAGAACGCAUUCCCGGCUCUCCGAGAAACUGGUCACAGAGCUGAUUUAUGUUCACAGCAAGGCACUCAUUGCUGAUGACCGCUGCUAUAUAAUUGGAUCAGCCAACAUCAAUGAUCGCAGCAUGCUGGGCAGCCGAGACAGUGAGCUGGCGGUGCUUGUGGAAGAUCAAGAGAGGGUCCCAUCCAUCAUGGGAGGACAGGAAUACGAGGCAGGACCCCUUGCACUUGCUCUGCGCAAAGAAUGCUUCAGGGUUCUGACUGGAGCAACUUCAGACCCCAGCAUCAACAUUGAUGACCCAAUCAGCGAUGACUUCUUCUUCCUCACGUGGAAUGAAACGGCUAAACAUAACGCCAACAUUUACGACAAGGUUUUCAGGUGCCUUCCCUGUAACAGUGUUCACAACUUGCCUCUGCUGAAGAACUACAGUUCUCAAGAACGCCUCUGCAAGACAGACCCCGAACAGGCGGCAGAGGAGCUGAAGGCCAUCCGAGGGCUGCUGGUUCACUUUCCGUUGAAAUUCCUGUGUGAGGAAAACCUGCAGCCUCCUCUGAACAGUAAAGAAGGGAUGGCUCCUACGGACCUUUGGACGUAACCACAUGUUUGCCUUGAUCAGGCCACUACAACACUGAUACAGUCGUCGCUAACCUGUACCUAAAUCCUAGCACACAAAACGAAUUGUAACACCAGCUCCCACAUUUAUGGGUCAAAUUACUUAAAGUUUUAUCAUUUGAUAGAAUAAUAGACAAACCUGUACUGGCCAGUUUAUUCAUGAUGUCCAUCACGUAACUUCUAUGAACCAACAGUAGACAAUAUUGUAAACUCAUAUAUGUGACUUAUUGCAUAGCUGCAAGGUUAGACUGGAAAUCAACCAUCUCCCAUGGUCUGGGAACAUAGUGUACAUUUAGGGGAGCAAGAUUUGUACACACACACACACACACACACACACACACACACACACAUAUAUAUAUAUAUAUAUAUAUAUUUUUUUUUUUUUUUUGGUGGGUGGCUCUGUCUCUUCCUCUCUCCAGCACUCUCUCUCUCUCUCUCCAGCGCUCUCUCUCUCUCCAGCGCUCUCUCUCUCUCUCUCCAGCGCUCUCUCUCUCUCCCGCGCUCUCUCUCUCUCCAGCGCUCUCUCUCUCCAGCGCUCUCUCUCUCCCUCUGAAGCUUCACCUCUCGCUGCAGCGCCAGGAAACCUGUCAGAACAUUUGUGGUUGUUAUGGUGACUGAUAUAAAGAGAUGACUGGAUCGCAGCUGAAAUAAAGGCUCGAUGGGGCAGAGAAGGAGAGCGCUGAUAGGACGGGUGGCUUACUAAAUCGGGAUGGUGCGCCAGAGUAAAACAAGAAAGCAAUAUUGCUGAUCGAGGAUGCGGGGACUAGUUACUUCUGUCAUUUUUAUAUUUAAAUGUGAGAGAGAAAUCUUGUUAAAUUUUACUUUCCUUUUUUUUUUACCGUUACAUCCAAAUGCAAUGCAUUCCACCCUCUGUUGGCAUUCUGCAGCUACUUCUGUGUCAUGUCUAGGAGCCAUGACGAGUCUUGUGUGUCUACCUUAUGUUAUAUUUGCUCACGGACAUGAGGCAUUUGUUGAGGUCCAGCUGAGAAGUUACAUAAUGUGUCUGACACACUUCAUUUUCCCCGACUGCUUGUUGACCAACAUGCAAAUGUCUUGCCCUGGACCUUUUUUAAAAACAUAUAUUUUGUUUAAAAUUUCAGGAAAACCACUACUUACUGCACAACGCCCUGCAAAAAUAUUCAGAACCUCUGAUGUUUGCCACAUUGCUACAUAGAAUAUUACAUAAUGCUAUGAUUUUAUGUGGUUUGUCAACACAAAGUAGAGGUUCUCUCAUAAAAAGUAAAAACAUUUAUAUUGUUUAAACAUGUUUAGUCCCUAAAAAUGUGAAAGAACCGCCUUUACUGAUAUCCUUAAGUAAAACUGCGUGUACUGAUAACUGCUCUUCAGAAAUGAGCUGAUUCGUAAAUUUGAGUAUUUUUGCAAGGCACCAUGCAUUAACUGAAUGACAGAAAACAGAUGUGUUUGGAAAAAAUCUAUUCUUCCCCUUUAAAAUGUGUUCCCAAUUAGAUGCACACUUUUAAGACUGGAAGCUCAUCAGGUUUUUCAAUAAGAAAUUAGUGUGUUUUAUCACUAAAGGUGUAAAAAAGUCUUCAUUGUAUUUGUUUUUGUGCAUGUGUGUCCAAAGUGGGUAAACAGGAUUCACUAAUGUUAACAACACCUUGUUGCUUUUCAAGUUGAAUUGUGCUAAACUGUCAGAUAAGCCAAGGUUAAGUGCACUACUACUUGGUUUCAAACUGGUGUGAUAAAUAUGACUGACAGAUGCUUUGUGUGAACUCACGAUACACAAAGCUCCUUUACACAGGAGCCAAAAAAAAAAAACAUCUGUGUUUAGACACAGUACUCUCCUGGCUUCAAAAAUAGUCACACCAUGAAGCAAAAAAAAACUGAAUCUUUGCACAGUAGAUGCUGGCAUUUUUACUGGUUAUUUCACGUGAGAAAAAAAAUAAAUGUUUAAAGUGUUUAAAGUGCUACACUUUGUGAUGGGAUAGCAGAAAUGUCUUUACUGACCAACAAAUAAUCUUAUAAUCAUUCUGUUUCUAUUAACCUAGGAACCAGCCUUAGGAACUAAUUUUAUGAAUGUAGUACUUGAGAAAUAUAUUUCAUUACAUAUUAUCAAAAGCUAUAUUUACAUUUUUAAAACCAUUUUAUAUUUAGAUAUAUAGAUACAAUAAAUGGGACACUAACACUCAGGGUAGAUAUAAUUUUAAAAUUGUCUUCCUAACUACCAUUUUUACUAUAAGUUGUGCUGUUUUCCUUAUUACUUCAUACUUGUUUUUAAUUGAAGUUGGAUUGAUUUCUGCUGUCAUAUUGUUUUGUAAUCACUAUAAUUUUUUAAACUUCUGUAAUCUGAUAUUUUACGUUUAUUUUAAUGUGCAAUAAAAAAACAUUGCUCACA